AAAAAAAAAAAAAAAAAAUCUUAGUCUAAUUUCCAAUAAUCAAGCUAAUAUUCAGUCUCUUGUUCUCUUAGUUUUUAGAUCUUAGAUCUUUCUCAGUUCUUCAACAUCACUUCACUGUCAAACUGUCUCGCACUAAGUUUAAUGGAAGGAUUCUUUUGAUCUAUGUUUCUGACGAGGAGAUCUGGUCAGAUUUUGAAUCUAAAGAGUUUUUGUGGUUUAAUCUUCAUAAACUGGCUUUGAAUACAAAUCGGCUUUUGAUUGUUUGGUUUAUGCUUGAUUUGGAUUUAUCAUGGAGAAGAUCUAGAAGCUAGAGUGAAAUUUUACCACUAAUCUAACCUUCAAGUUGCGACUUUUAGUUAGUCUUGGGAUUUUUUUUUUGGUACUUACCAUAAAUCGAGCGUGUUGAGUAGUUGAUUUGGUGAUUAUUGUCCUAUGGAGACGCUUGUUGUAGUUGCACAACAUAGAAAUCAGUGCUAUAGCAGAGUCAAGCCGUGCAGGCAGAGAUUUGGGUCUGCACCUUCUAAGCACUUCGGAGGGAUCAAUUGCCGGGCUUUCCAAUCUGGGGCAGGUAUACUGCCAACCCCCGUUAAGCCUUCUACUCCUGUAACCAAAAGCGCUGCUUCUACCUUUAUCUCCUCCUCUCUAAAAACACCUUCACCUACUAUCAAGACCCAGUCAAGUUUUCGCUCUGUUGAUAAUAUCCACGAUGAGAAUGCUUUGAAAAGCUCUCCAAUUCCUAUAAAUAUCCCUAGAAAGGAAACAACUUUCGAUGAUGACUUGGAUUUUUCAGGUGAAAAUUCACCAUUUUCUGAGCUCUGGGCUGGACCUGCUUAUUCAAAUUCUCCACCGCCUAGUUCCUUGCCAAUUCCCAAGUUUUCAAUGAGGCCAAAAAGAACGGUAUCACUGGAGUUGCAUGCCUCUAAUUCUGGUAUCAAAGUGCAUCCUAUUGCCAAGUCCGCCCCUGCUUCCCCCACUAGGGAGCAUAACCCAUCUGCAAAAGACCUGUUUCUUAGUGUUGACUCUGCGACUAAGACUCUGCGUCGCAUUCUUAAUCUAGAUGUGGCAGAUGAGUAAAAUUAAGGGGCUUUUGCGCCUGUAAAUAUUUUAGUUUUUGACUGUAUAUAGAUGGAAUAAAAUUAGAGUGUCUUUUGAAGUUGCUGUAGCGUUUGGUGGUGGUGAUGGUGAUAAUGGUGUUGUUGGCAAAAGUGACAGUUGUAGCUUUGGUGGAUUGAUAAUCUUCCAGAUUUAUAAUUGAUAACUUGAUUGGUGAUGUGGAGUUGUAUUUCAGUGAUGGGAAUUUCUUAGCAAGUCUGUCAAGAUAUGUACUGCUAAGAUGGGGCGAUUUACUUGUAGGUUGGGAAGUGUGACAUGGAUGGGCACUGACUGUAAUACCUUCAGAGGCAGUAGGGAACCAUUAACUAUACUACUUCUUUGCAGUGGGAUGGAACAGCUUGCUACUCUGUUCUAUUGCCCUUAAAAGGAAACUACAUCUUUCUUAUGAUGUCAAGUUCUCCAUAUAAUGAUAUAAUCUCCUCAUAGAAAGUUUAGCCAUUGAGUAAAAGUUAGGCCUGUAGUAUCUGAUUCAAUGUAUAUACCGUUAAAUCUUGUUCAGACUAAUUUCACUCCAAUCUUGUAGGUUUCUGUCUGGUUUCUGUAAUAUCACCUUGAUUUCCUCUUAAAGCCCUUUUCUUUCUGUAUUUUCUGACCUUGAUUAGUGUGCUAGGUUCCUAUUUCAGUGUUGCCAAAAUUCCUAACGUUCUAUCCUCUUGUAACUGCUUCACUCGUUUCUUCUUUGCCUGAAUUGGCUUCUCAACAAUCAACAUCUACUCGUAUACAUAUCAUUUCUUUGUUUCUUUUAGGUAGGUCUUAACUACCCUUAAAUAGCUCAGCAUGGUUGUUGUUUCCUCUUUGCCAUCUUUCCUGUUUUUUGAGAGGGAAAGUGGUAAGUGGAAUUUAAAGUAGUUAGCCUCUUCUGCUUCUUGGGUUUGUAAGUCAAAAUCCAAUCCGUGUUGCUGUUCCUGUUGUAAGCCUAUUAGUUUCUUGUUCUUUCUAGCGGAAAUAGGUGUUCUCUUGGUCUUCUCAAAGCGUUUGCUAGAAAUUAUGACCAUCCAAAGUUUUUUUUAAGGUUGCUGUAAGGGAAGAUUUCAAGAGGUCGCUUAUGUAGGACAUGUUCGUGAGAGCAUGAUAGUAGUUGUCUUAAAAUGUAAGUCUUAUGAGGAUCGAUGUGCAGUUUGUGUCCAAUAAAAUCUGUCUGCUUGGUUUUCUGGUGUAUCAGGAGUCAUUUGAAUAGUCUAGUUGAUGUCUGAUGUCUGAUUGUGGAAUUAUGUCCUGUUUUAACAGGAUCAUUUUAUGUCCAGACUCCAGACUGCAAUACCAGUUUAAUUAUCUUGUACUUUUAUUUAAGUUUAUUAAAUGGUUCAUUAUGGAUGGAUGAAACGAGCA